AUAAAAGUUUUAAUGUUUUUAUACAUGCACAGGAGACUUUGUAAGAAAAAUAAAGACCCGUAGAAGUUACUAGGCCCAAAAGCUUAUAUGUCCUUUUAAACAAAGAACAAUAAAUUGCAGGGAUGUGACACGACAAAGGGGCUUGGGCUAAGGCUGGCAAAUUGUGGGAAAGUGACUAAGAACUGUAUGUGGAAAGUUAAUGGAAAAUAUAGGUUACAAAUUUUUGUAAGGUUUUGUUUGUAGAUUCAUCUCAGUGGCAACUCUGCCUCUAGCAAUAAUACUCUCCUCUUCCUGGUACAGAAAGGGCACCUUUCAUAAGGGAACUUUUAUGCUCCGCCUCAAACAGAAAGAGGGUGGUCAGAGAGCCUUCCCUGCAUCUGUUUUUGCUCCAUUGCCCCUGGCUCAGAAGAAUCAAUAUGCCAAAGUGGCAUAUUUUGGGAUGGCAGGCUCUAAACACUUCACCUAGUCUCCUCAACCACUUUUACAGUUGGCCCUAAUCCCCAUAAGAGUCCUGGAAACUUAUUUUUACUGUUACGGAAACAGAUUUAGAGCGGGGAUGACUGAGCCACAACCCACACCGCAGAGGGCUGCUCCAAAGUCCUCCUCGAAAUUGGUGCCAACGGCAGCAGCUAUAAUGACAGCCAGUUCACAUAGAAGUGCCUCUGUUGAUCACCAAUUAACAGUAAAAUCUGAUAAUAUCUCAUUCCAAGGUUGUCAUAAGCACUAAAUGUGGUUUUGUGACAUAAUAGGCAUUUGUUUCUCCCCAUUGCUUCCCACCACAAUAUACUCAUCAAGACUUUUCCAAGGAUACUAAGUCUAGGAAACCCAGGAUCAUGAAGAGAGGACAUGCUCUUCCAAGUGAGGCUGAGGAGAGACUUGUCUGGCGAGGCCUGUACUGACAAGUGACAUUAAAAGAGGCGAUCUGACUUCUCAUACUGCGCUUGUCCCAGGCCCGCUGUUUGUCAACUGCUGGGUUCUCAGAGCCAAAACUGUUUUCCAACAGUUUUGAAUUGAAUAACAGCCAGUUAUUCAAUUUUCUCCACAUUCUCUAAUCGGUAUACUCUUCAGAGUACAAGGGACUUGCAACGAUAUUACCCAAUGGUUGAAGAAUGUGCGCUUGACAUCUUAGGCUGUAAAAUGUCUCAAUUUCAAUUUCUAAAACAUAAAUGUCAGUGGAUGGCAUUUUCUGAAUCCCUUGUCGAUGUCCGUAAAUGGCAUGCUCUGAAUUCAACUAAACAAAAGUAUGGGUUGGGGGGAGAUGUAGGGGCAUGUCCAAAUUAUAAUUUUUAAGAGUGUAAAGGGGUCCUGAGAAAGAUUGCCAGAUUUUUUUUUUUUUUUCUUGAGUCAGAGUCUCACUCUAUCCUCCAGGCUGAAGUGCAAUGGCAUGAUCUUGGCUCACUGCAGGCUCUACCUCCCGCACUCAAGAGAUUGUUCUGCCGCAGCCUCCAGAGUAGCUGGGAUUACCCCGGAGCCCGCCACUACUGAGCCUGGCUAACUUUUGUAUUUUUAGUAGAGAAGGGGUUUCACCAUGUUGGCCAGGCUGAUUUCGAACUCCUGAGCUCAAGUAAUCCGCCAGCCUUGGUCUCCCAAAGUGCUGGGAUUGCAAGCGUGAGCCACCACGCCAGACCUGGAUUGCCAGAUUUAGCACAUAAAAAUACAGGACUCCCAGUUAAACUCCUCUCAGAUAAACCAUUAUUGCAUGAAAUACACUCACGCUAAAAACAAUUGUUCGUCGUUUACCUGAAAGUCACAUUUCAUCGGGCGUCCUGCAUUUUACCCCGCAAAUUCUAGGCCUGACACCAAAAAGUUUGAGAACCGCGCCCCUAGGCGACAGCAAGCGGAACUACGGCAAGCUCCCAGUAAUUCCGGGUGCUGCACUUCCGGUCAGGCGGUCGGGCUGCGCGGCCCUGGGGCCAGCUCACCGCCGGAAGCCUCCGCGUCCCCGACGGCCAUAUCCCGUUCCCGGUCCUGCUUCCCAGUGCCUCGGGCCUCCGGGGGCUGGUGCUGGGCGCCGAGCCGGCGGAGCCGGCGGAACCCGCUUCCCGCCUCCACGCGGCAGCGCUAGCGGCCUAGUCCCUUCACGGGCAGCUCGGUGCUGUCACCCUCACCGCUCUUCCUAUCGCCGGGAGUGGUGGGCCGACCAGGGGGCGGCCGGGCUAGCGUCCGCCAUUCCCGUGUCUCUGCGCCCCCGGGGGCCGCCCGAGCCGGCCACCAUGCCGCUGGGCCUGAAGCCCACCUGCAGCGUAUGCAAGACCACGUCGUCCUCCAUGUGGAAGAAGGGCGCGCAGGGGGAGAUCCUCUGCCAUCAUUGCACUGGCCGGGGCGGCGCGGGCAGCGGGGGCGCAGGCUCGGGGGCGGCUGGAGGGACUGGGGGCAGCAGCGGCGGUGGCGGCGGCUUCGGCGCGGCGACCUUCGCCAGCACCUCCGCCACUCCUCCGCAGAGCAACGGGGGCGGGGGCGGCAAGCAGAGUAAGCAGGAAAUUCACAGGAGGUCUGCUCGGCUCAGAAACACUAAAUACAAAUCUGCUCCGGCUGCUGAGAAGAAAGUUUCCACCAAAGGAAAAGGGAGAAGACAUAUAUUUAAAUUGAAAAAUCCCAUCAAAGCUCCUGAGUCGGUUUCCACUAUAAUCACUGCAGAAUCAAUCUUCUACAAGGGAGUAUAUUACCAAAUUGGUGAUGUUGUUUCUGUGAUUGAUGAACAAGAUGGAAAGCCCUACUACGCUCAAAUCAGAGGUUUUAUCCAGGACCAGUAUUGUGAGAAGAGUGCAGCACUGACGUGGCUCAUUCCUACCCUCUCUAGCCCCAGAGACCAAUUUGAUCCCGCCUCCUAUAUCAUAGGCAAAAGCUGUAAUUUCCAGAGAGACCAUUAGGAACAGGUAGUAUCUAUUUUUCUCCAUUAUUUAUUUCUAGAAACUCAUAAAAUGGACAUUUUAUAUUUUUCUAUAAGAACAAAAAAUUAAGGUAUAGAUGACUGACCAAGGGCUUAAUCAAAUAAAAUGACUAACAGUAUCUAUCAUAAAGCCACACAAGCCUUAUGUUCUCAUCUCAAAAAUGCUGUGACAGCUUUUUGGCUGCUUUAACCAUAAGAAAAAUGAUUGGUGGAUGAUUUUACUAGCCCAGGCUUUUAAAAACUUUCAUCUAGGCCAGGCGCAGUGGCUCACACCUGUAAUCCCAGCACUUUGGGAGGCCUGAGUGGAUGGAUCACUUGAGGUCAGGAGUUCAGGACCAACCCGGCCAACAUGAUGAAACCCUGUCUCUACUAAAAAUAGAAAAAUUAGUUGAGUGUUAUGGUGCAGGCCUGUAAUCCCAGCUACUCGGGAGGCUGAGGCAGGAGAAUUGCUUGAACUCGGGAGGUGGAGGUUGCGGUAAGCCAAGAUUGCGCCACUGCACUCCAGCCUGUGUGAUAGCGCAAGACUGUCUCCAAAAAAAAAAAAAAGAAAGAAAAACUUUCAUUUAAUCCUUCUGUAGCAAACAGGCAUUCAGAACCAUUCCAUUGAUCUUAAUAAAGCUGCUCUUUACUGUUUCUAGUCAAAAACAAGACUUCCAAUCAAACCAUAAGAUUUUAUACUGCAGAUAGUCAGCUUCACCAAAGCCACAGAGGAAACAUGUUGAGAUCAGGCAUCCCGCUUGAUAGUUUCUUGACUACCAUUAAAAUGAAGGUUGGGAAGUCAUGAAAGUCACUGGUAGGCCAUUAGCAUUGAUAUCUUUAAAACGUCUACCCUAAACCAUCUGCUGUGGACCCGUAAUAAGAGGCCUGUUGUAUAUGAAAUUGUCUAGAAUUCAGGUGCAGGUCUUUGCCAGUUAAGUAAGGGAGCAACAUGUAAAAUGGGGGAGGAGUAGGUGCACUUACUUGCCUCCACUUCUGUCCUGAUUUAACCAGCAUUUUUCAACCCUGGGAAAAUUUGCAGAAUCUAAGUUGAUUGUAAUGAUUUUGAACUGCAGUGGCUUUAACUCUUACCCUUUUCCCACAUAGUUACGGUUUGUGAGUUGGAAAGAAACAACUGUAGGUAGCUACACAUACAUAAUGAUCUCUUUAUUCACAAAGGUUAUAGUAAAAUUGUAAAUGACUUUCUAAGUGCUAAUAUUCAAAACUUUUGGAUUAAAAUGUAUUUUUCACAAUGUA